AAAGUACAUACAAUUUUAUUUUUAUCAUGAAAUGAGAUUAAAUUGUAAAGUGUGGUGUUAGUUAUUUGUUUAAUUUUUUUUCGGUUGGUUUAUUUACAAUUAAGUGCUUUAAAAAGUGUUUUCUUCUAAAGUAUGAUUUAACGGAACGUGUGUUCUUAAUAAAAGCUAAUGCUAAGGUCCCUUGUCUCGUCCUGCAAAGAUGUCGAGCGGUGGUACAACGGGGGCACUGCUGUACGCGGUGAGCGCGGCCGUCUUGGGAAUGCUACAAUUCGGUUUUAACACCGGCGUCAUCAAUGCCCCGAGAAAAUUCAUAGAGAACUUCGUACGUGAUAAUUACGAAGCGAAGCCGUCGCUCAUUUUUAGUGUUAUCGUGAGCAUAUUCGCCGUAGGAGGCAUGAUUGGAUGUCCACUUGCCAGUUGGAUGCUCGAUACUCAGGGACGAAAGAAAGCCUUGCUCUAUAACGCAGCAUUCGGUAUUAUUGGAGCAGCUUUUAUGGGUUUCAGUAAAUUGGCGACUUCAGUUGAAAUGCUCAUCAUUGGUAGAUUCCUUAUUGGAAUCAACUGUGGCUUCGCAACGACGGCCUCGCCUACAUACGUGUCCGAGAUAGCUCCGGUAAGAAUGCGCGGCGCUUUCGGCACCGUAAACCAAUUAGCUGUGGGAUUCGGCAUGACCUGUGGCCAGAUUUUGGGUAUUGAUGUGAUUUUGGGUAGCGACGAAGGCUGGCCGUUGUUGCUCGGAUUAGCGGUCGUUCCGGCUGCCAUUCAAUUAAUUAUGCUGCCGUUCGCGCCCGAAUCACCAAGGUAUUUGUUGCUAUGCGCCCACGACGAAGAGAAAGCGAGAGUGGCCUUGACUAAAAUUCGAGGCAGCAGCGAUGUAGAAAACGAAAUUAACGAUAUGCACCUUGAAGAUCAAGCGGCCAGGGAAGAGCAGAAGUUCUCCGUGAAAGAUUUGUUCACGACCCCAGCCCUGAGGAUACCCCUCGUGAUUGGUAUCGUGAUGCAUUUAUCCCAACAGUUGGGCGGAAUCAACGCGGUAUUGUACUAUUCCUCCACGAUAUUUGUAAAAGCCGGUUUGUCUGAAGAAGACGCCCGGUUAGCUGUGAUCGGUGUGGGCAGCAUUCUUUUCGUGAUGGCCCUCGUGUCGAUACCCCUUAUGGACCGACUCGGCCGACGGACACUGCAGCUGUGCGGUCUCGGCGGCAUGACAGCGUUCUCUAUACUGAUGACGAUCGCGUUCUUCACGUACGAGAACAACACGACGAUGAGUAUAUUCGCCGUGAUAUUCACAUUCUUGUACGUCGCGUUCUUCGGCGUCGGACCUAGUUCGAUCCCGUGGAUGAUCCUGUCGGAGUUGUUUGGUCAGGGAGCCAGGAGCGCGGCCGUCAGCGUCGGCGCUCUCGUUAACUGGUUCGCGAACUUCGUCGUGGGUCUAACGUUCAUUCCUAUGUCGGAAGCAUUGGGGAACUACGUUUUCAUACCGUACACGAUCCUACUGAUUAUAUUCUUCGUGUUCACGUAUUUGAAGCUGCCCGAGACUAAGAACAGAACUAUCGAGGAGGUGACGGCUCUCUUCAAGAAGUAGACGAAUUUGUAUGUUGUAAACCGCAUUCCUUAGAACGUAAGUGUACUUGUUAGUCUAAGAUCACGUUGUGAUACUUUAAUCGGUGUGCUUAGUGCGAAUUUUUUAACGUUCUCGAUAGCGUAAAAGUUAACUCAUAUUUGUAUGGAAUGGGAUCGUUUGCCUAUGUUUGCCGUUAGGGGCGCUGUUCCAACUGCAUACAAAAUUGGGUUAACUUUUACGCUAUGGAGAACGUUAAAAAACUCGCACUAAGCAUACUGGACGUGUUUUGAUAGAUUGAAGGUGAUUUUUCGGUGCAAGACGUAAAGUUUUCUUUUGUUUAUUUAUUUUCACUCUUUCCACGAUUCGUAUGUGAUAUUUAGAUUUAGAAAUACACGUAAAUGUAGAUGGCACACGGGCGUCGUAAUAAGUUUUGGAUUUCCCUCAUCGCACUAAGACUGAAGGAUUCGGUUACCAUUCACAAAUAGCAUUGAGUACGUAACGUACUGUAUAUGUGAAGUACUUAUUCGUCGAGCUAUGAAAUGUUUACAUGAUGGUUAUUGAAGGUAUUUUAGAAUAUAUUUUUUUUUAAAUCAAUAUUUAGAGAACGAAUUAUUUAUAAUAUUUUUAUGUGAGACACAUUUUGAAUAUAAUAAAAAAAAA